UUCAGCUGGAGGAAAUACUCUGAUUGUCCAUUCAAACCUGAGCAGCCCUCAUACGCAAAUAUAGUGUGUGUAUAUAUACUGGCUGCAAUGGAGCGGCCGGGCACAGUCGCACCUCUCCGGGUUCAACAUGACAUCAUCUGUCAGUCUACAAACGAUCUCCAUCGGCUUGCUGCUGAUCUUCAAUACCUUCAUUUCUCCCUCUGCUGAUGGGGAUUUGAAACCCAAGUUGAAGUGCAUGUCUGUGAACGACGUGAACCAGAAAGCUGAAAGGUUUCUGGUUCACAACCGGAGCAACCUGAGAUUCCCUGAAAAAUCUCUGCAGAACCGCUCCUUGUCCCCGUGGGUCUACAGUGUAACCCGAGACGACAACAGGUUUCCUCAUGAGAUCCCCUUUGCCAAGUGCCUUUAUAAAGGUUGCUUCAUCAACCAGCGUGAAGACAUGAGCUACAACUCUGUUCCUGUGCGUGUUAAGCUGACCAUCAUGAGGAAGACUCCAUGCAAACGACACCCAGACAGAUACAGGGUCAAACGGGAUUCUAUCAUUGUCCCUGUAGCCUGCACUUGUGCUGUGCCCAGCUACACUAAAUGAUCAAAGAAACUAUCCUGAUCACAUGAUGCAGAAUCUUUUUUAAAGUUAAAGUGAAAGCAGAACUUGUGGGUUCAGUUCCUCAAACUAAUAGGAAUUACACCAGACAUGUGUAAAGACAGGGAUGGUAGGUUAUUAGCGGUGUAACUCAUUUGUAAAUAUAAAGAGUCAUUAAGAAAGGAUCGGACCUCCAAUAUCUAAUGCUGUACCAGAUACUGGUACAAUAUAUCAAUGUUAGAGCAGCAUGUUACUGUUUUACAUGCUUGAGAUAGGGCAGAUUUCCACGUAUAUGUUUGCUAUUUAAGUCCAGUGAUUCCCAACCUGGGGGUCCAGUCCUUCCAAAUAGUCUCUAUAUACGAUUUUUUGUUAUCGUGUGUACAGAUCACAUCAGGUUCAUGCUGCCAGGAAAAGUGAAGCCUUACUAAAACCUGCAUUCUUCCAAAUGGCCAGCAGGGGGCGACUCCACUGGUGGCAAAGAUAAGUCUAAUAUAAGUCUGUGAGACUACUUCUCACUUGAUUUAUUACCCUAAUGACUUUAUGGUCUCGUUUCAAGUCUUCUUCAGUGCAGCAGGAUGUUUGUUUACUAAAUGAUGGCCCAUUUAGAGGAAUAAAGGGAUACGUAAAUAAAACCAUGUGAGAAGUUUAGAGCAGAGUUUUUGUAUAACUCAUAGACAUCUGAAAUGUGCAUGUAUGUAAAUGACAAGCACCUUUAAAGCUCAGUUAAUUGUUCAAUACAUUUAACUUGUUUAUUUAAAUAAUCAGCUGUGACUAUUGAUAAUCUCAUGUGCUAUUAAAAAGAGAAUACACGUCUCUCUCAAAAUGCCAAGCUAUAAAAAGGACAGUAUUAGACACAUGUUAAAGUUACUUUAAUUUUUCAACCACACUUUGAAUAUGUGUUUUGUGUUUCAUACGAAGACUCGUUCAGCUAAAUGAGUUCAGGAAUACUUUUUUUAUUUAAUUUCUUUUCUAAAGCAUACUUUUUUAUUUAUAGAGUCAUUUUAUUGCGAUCAAAUGUAAUGAAGAUUUGAUAACUAUGACAGUGUCAGUGAAUUAAGUUACUUGAUUUUAAAACUGUGAAUGUUGGCCUCUGCUGGAUGAAGGGUGUAGACACCUCUGCAGGUUACAGAUGUGAACAGUUCAUUCACUACUUUAGAUGUAUUGAGAGAUUGCCUUGCACUCUUUUAUUUUUUAUAAAGUAUUUGUACUUUCGACUGGCACUUUUAUACUAUUUUCUAUUUUUCAUCUAAAAUAACUAUUAGUUAUCGAUGGCCAAGCUGCAAUAUAUAUAU